AUGCUCACGUUGAACAGCGCGACCGCGAUGUCGACGACGGCCGAGGCGACGCCGCCGCACUUCUGGUGGCGUGAGAAACGCGUUUUGGCGACAUCGCGCCCUUCGACGCCGCGGCCUUCGAGGUCCUGUCCUCGAAGCCGUUCCAUCGAGUACGAACGUCGGCCCAGCGAGGUGCAUUUCGGUGCCUAUUUUCUUUUUUAGAAACAAUUAUUAAUCUACACUAAGUUCUAAAACUAGCUUUUUCCAAAAAAAAAAAUUAUCCAAGGUCGAUGCAUUGUCGCUAUUGUUCCGAAUGACCAAGCGUGUAUAUUUUCGAGCCUUUUCACCUUAGGAAGACCAAAAAAGCUUUUCUUCAAGCUUUUUCAAAGACAAGGGCGAUGUGAAUGUUUCUUUUCGAUUUGAGAGUUUCCUCUAAACUAAUGGUUUUUGGGACACGAGGCUCUCAAUUUUAACUACUUUCCUUGGUUUCAAAAUGGAGCAGCUGAUUCAGCCCCUCUCUUGUGACAUUUUUCGAGGGUACUGUCAAAAAUGAGCUUUUUUCUUUGGAAUGUGUUGUUUGGUUUUGUCUAAGCGAUUUGAAAUGUGCGAAAGUCAAGGUGAAAUUGAAUUUCGCAAACAUAAACGCGAAGGAAACGAGUCAUGCAUUUGGUAAUCGCCGCUGGGUUUUCUUCGAGGUUUCGAGCUCGAUUGCUCACAAACUUGUUUCAAUUUGCUUUCAUGUUGCGGUUCAGUAAGUUAAUUUCCAAUAAAAAAUUUAAAAUUGUUUCUUUGACUUUGGGGAUUUAAAAAAGGUGAACGGUGAAUACAUCAUUGAUUUUCGGAAACUUUGGUUUUCCAGGGGAUGAACUUCAUCGCGAAGCACUUUUUCGAGUACCAGUCCUUCAUGAAUAUGCCGCACAAAGCCGUCAAUCUCCACAAGCUUGUGAGUUUUCGAGUGCUUUCUGGUGGCAACCUCCGGAACUGAAACCGGAACCAAGACAAGGGCAACAAUUCAAAAGGAGACUUUUCAGCCGGCGUCUCAGGCGGGAAGCGAUCCUUCGGUAGGCUGGGCGCCAAAGUCCAUGCUCAAAGCGGGCAAAAAUCAGCCGGCGCCAGCUUCUCGAGCAAAUCGCAUCCAUAGGUUGACCUGAAUCAUGAGAAAAGACAUUUUUUUUCAAUUUCAGAGAUCCUAGACCAAACGGAACGAAGUAUGGCCGAGCCGGCAAGCAUGAACAUCGCGAGUGGGGCGACCGGCAUGGAGGUUCGAAUUUUCUCCCUGUUUAUCAGGAAAAGAUAUUUUAUGCUUGUGGUUUUAUUUCUCAAAAGAAUUUCGGUAUAUUGUCGGCUGAGAUCAUAAAUGGGCACUAAAGGUAUGACUUUUCUUUUUUCUGAAAUUCAACUUUUUUGCCUCUUUCUGUGAGUUAGUUUAGUCUAAUCAGUUAUUUUUCACGUGAAAACUCGAAUUUAUGCUUAAUCCAUUUGAAGAAAUCUUUUCAGAACUGAAGGACGAGAAGGUGGCUCCGCACAAGGACGCCUGGACCAAAUUCCUGUCCAACGAAGAUCCUGGCCAGCGGACUGCUUUCGAGUGCGAUUUUGAAGAUCGCGUACUUUCUGUUCGUUUUUUCAUAUUUUUAAAAAAGUUUUUUUUCCCAGCAUCUCAUACCCAUUAAGCUAUUUAUUUAGGUCUUUAGAAGAGGUCUUUUUCUGGAGAAUUGUGAAUGGAAAGUUUUUUUUUCAGACCGAAGACGAAACUUUACCUGAAAGGUUAUCACGAGCAUCACCGGAGAGCAUACGGCUGACCACGCUCUACGCGACGAAUAAGGUACCAACAAAAUUUGUUCAAUUUUCACUAUUGAUUUUCAGGCGGACGCCACCGGAUCCUGUGAACUUUUGACAAUUUUGACCUACGCCCAAUCGGUUCAGUUCGUCACGGCUACCGUCAAAAAGGCCAAAGGGCUUCCUUUUAAUAAUGGUUAGUUUCAUUUCUUCAUUCUUAAAAAACAACAGAAAACGUUGAAAAUCUACUUUUUCCAGGUCCAUUCGCUCGUGUGAUGUUGUUCGACGGACGGAGGCUUCUCGAACAGAAACAGACGACCAUAAAUCCGUCGAUCCUCCACAAAUCUUCCCUUGAGUAAGUCUCAUACCCUACUUUUUGAUUAGGAGGUUACACUAGUUGCAUGCAAAACUUGAAUAGAUCUUCCUUUCAUUUCAUAGCUUUGAACUUCAUUUUGCAGCGGAUCAAAACCGUCGUCGAGCUCAGCGUGUUCAUCGACGUCUUCGUCGUCAACACAUGGCGACGCCGCUUUUUCAGAAUCUUUCCUGUUUCACAUUCCGCCGUGCAAGCUGGACAAGGCACACAUCGUCAUCGAAGUGAGUUUGAGUUUUCAUCAAAAUUGUAGAAAUUAAGAAUGAUUUCAGGCUCAAUUGAUCACAUUUAUGCCCUGUUAAUUUUCGCGAAUUUCUAAGUUAUCUUUGACUCUCCAAAAAUUCGCUAUCUUUUUCUCUCUCUAACGGCUUUUUUGAAUUUCGUGUGAUUCCUUUGGUGUGAAAUUCUUAAAAAAUUGUCGCAAAGAUCAUCGUGAAAAAAAGAAAAGAAAAACGUUUGUUCGAUGUUCAGGAAGUUGUAAAAGUUUUAUUUUUUCCGUAUUAUCAUCUUCACAUUCAUUUUGAUAAACUUUCAAAAAUCUGAAAUAUUCUGUUGGGAUUUCGGGUGAACUGACAUCCUAUUUUACGGCUCUGCCUUCUGCUCAUACAUAAUUUUGAGCGAAAAGCACAAGUUUCAUUGUUUUUUUUUGAGCUUAAAACUAAUUUUAUUUCUUUUCACUAUAAUUUUCCAGAUGUACGACCACGACGAAGAAGGACGGACACGCAAAAUUGGCCACUGUGCGAUUGGCCGCAUGAGCGAAGGAACAGGCCACGCCCACUGGAUCCAGAUGGUCCGACAGCACGGCCUUCCUGUCUGCAUGUGGCACAAGAUCUCCGUGUCUUGA